AUGCGGCAGGCCAAAGAUAUCCCGACGCGCCGUCGCGAAUUCGACAAGUCGUCUUUCCUCCCGGACGGCAUGGAGAGCAUGGGCUAUCUCCACGGCAUUUACACCACCGGAGACAAGUUCAAGUCGAACCGCCAGCUGAUACAGGACCGCAUGACCUCCAGCUUCCUCGACAAUCACGUCGGACCGGCCGUCUUAAACAAGGGCCUCGAGCUCGUGGAGCUGUGGUGGCUGAGGGCCAAGCUGGCAAGAGGGCGUCCGUUCAGCGUCAAGAAAGAUCUCGAGUACACCUCGCUCGGCGUCAUGCUCGACUUCGCUUUCGGCAGCAACUGGAAGCACACGGCACUCGGUCCACAGGUCCAACUCCUGAGCAGGCUGGCGCUGGAGGACAUCGACAUCAAGACGGUGGACGACCCCGUCAGUUUACCGACGGUCCCCCUCGCCGACUUCCCGAACUCCGUCUACGAAGCCCCCGAGGUUGUGGAGAAGACCAUCAACGCCCUCAUGCCGAAGCUGCAGACCUGGUGGUGGUAG